AUGUCUUCAUCACAGAAGGACGGUCCCGCAAGGGAGCGCCAAUCUCUCAGCCAUACAGGCUUAUUCCAUGACCCUGAGAACAACGAAAAACACCGCCAGAUUAUCGAAGCCAUGGACCUGAUUCGAGAUCUUAACAUCAAACGUCUCGAUAAAGUCCCACAACUCGUAGUCUGCGGUGCCCAGUCCUCUGGGAAGAGCUCGGUUCUGGGAGCAAUUGCAGGGAUCCCUUUCCCUUCCGGCGAGAAAAUGUGCACCCGAUAUGUGACUAAGGUCACCCUCGACUACAGUCCAGAAGCAUCUCUGCUAGUGAGAAUCUCACCUGGAAGAGACCGAGAUCCGGAUGAACGGACAAGACUCAAAAAUCUCGAAUGGAGAUCCGCCAAUAACAGCGAUGCGCAGGAUACUCUUCGCAGAUACAUGGAAGAGGCUCACCAGGUUAUAUUCGGAAACGACACAGCUGAAACCCUAAUCAGCGAUGACAUCCUGUUGAUCAAGAUAUCUGGCCCCUCUACCAGAGCCUUGCAGCUGGUUGAUCUUCCAGGUCUCAUCAUGUACCACAGCGACAACGACGCAACCAUCAAACGGAUCAGAGAAUUGGUUGAGAAGUAUGUCAAGAUGCCUCAAUCAACAAUCCUUGCUGUUGUUCCUGCCAAUUAUGAUUUUGCGAACGCCGAGAUACUUGGCCUGUGUAAGCAAUACGACCCAGCAGGCGAAAGAACCCUUGGAAUCAUCACCAAGCCUGAUACAAUAACAGCCCCGGACUCUCAGCGUCCUGGAGCUCUUGUUGGAAUCAUGCAGGGCCGGGAUUCAUCCUUCAGCAAAUUUAAGUGGCAUGUCAUUCGAAAUCUUGACACUGAAGCAGUUGAAGCGCGCGCUUCGAUGGAGCAGAGAGACCGGGCAGAAUCGCUGCUGUUCGACGAGGACCCCUGGAGCGACCUGUCGUCUCACCAAUGUGGUAUCAGCCAGCUGCGUUUACGGCUUCGCAAAAUGUACUUUGAAGCAGUGAGAAAAGAGCUUCCGAAAUUCGAAUUGGAGGUGGAACGGCUCUUGAAGGACGAGAAGUUCAACGGCUUGACCGAUGCCCUCUCAGACGACGCCCUUCAAAAAGCCUUUCAAGAGGCCACCUCAAGACUCAAGGAUGCGGCCCGGGACCAUGCCAAGGGCACUUACCGCUAUGAUAUCAAUAAACUACCUGAUGAUAGCCCGGCAAAGCUCAGAUCACGAGUUCGAGAUCACGAUGUUCGUUUUCGAGACAGCAUCUUCAAACAGGGGGCUAAGUGGCAGUCUCAUGCCGGACUGCUGCCAGCCGACCCCAAUUCGGAGCUCUUCAACGGAAACAGACCACCCACUCCUCCUCCUGCAAACGACUUCAUAGACAUAAGUGCAGAGAUAAUCAUGGCCUCUGAAAAGCUCCGAAAGACAGGCGGUAUCGAAUUAGAGGGGCAUUAUAGUCCGGAACGCAUCAACAACCUGUUCUGGGAGCUUUCAGAUGGCUGGUACGCGAUUGCCGAGGAACACGUCAAGAACAUCUUCUCCUGCUGCAAAGAGUACUUUGAGACAAUCACCAAAAUGACGUUCGCGAGGACGGCGGGCAACAAGCGCCAAGUUGGCUUGAAGCCGGACGGCUUUGAGAACUCUGAGACAGUGGCCAGCCGUUUCGUGGAGAAACAUCUCCUUCCCCGUCUGGUUGACGCGCAGACACACGCAAGUGAUGAGUUGUUCCGCAUUGAGGAAGAUAGACAGGACUGGAUGAAGAAUUCAGACCGGCGCUUCCUCGUAAGACAAAAGGAGCAUCGUCAGAACGUAGUGUUCCGAGACUCUGUUCGGGAGAGGAGAGCCCAGCAAAACGGGAAGCCCAACGGAGUUAAGAACGGUGUUCUCGACACAGACUUGGUGUCGAAGCAGCGAGAACUAGCGCUACCGGAAGACUACCGGGAUCACAAUGCCGAAGACCAGCUGCACGCGAUGCAGUCACACUAUGAGAUCUCUAGGGAUAUUUUCAUCUCCAACGUUCUUAUGCAAGUAGAAGAGCGUCAUUUCCUCCGAAACCUCGAAAAGUUGAUACCGCAGGAUCUCGACUUGAAGGGAGUCAAGGAGUUGAUCAAAGAAGACGAUGAUCUGGCCGCGAAAAGGGAGCAGCUCCAGGAAGAGAAAGACAAGCUUACAGAGGCGUUCAAGGCUCUUCAACGCUGUCACUUGACGGGUUGA